AUGGAGUUCCCUGAGGAGUCAGAGCCCGCGGAGCCCGGCCCAGAGGCCAGCAGCGAGCGCCGCGAGACGGGCUGCCUGCCGCUGUCCGGCUUCCGAGGGGAGUUGUGGGCGCUCUUGGUCCUGGCGGGCCCGGCGUUCCUGGCCCAGUUGAUGGUGUUUCUGAUUAGUUUUAUAAGCUCUGUGUUUUGUGGCCAUUUGGGGAAGCUGGAGUUGGAUGCUGUCACGCUUGCAAUCGCAGUUAUCAACGUUACUGGCAUUUCAGUGGGAUUUGGCUUAUCUUCUGCUUGUGACACCCUCAUCUCCCAGACUUACGGGAGCCAGAACCUGAAGCAUGUGGGCGUCAUCCUACAGAGGGGUGCACUCAUCCUGCUUCUCUCCUGCUUCCCCUGCUGGGCACUCUUUCUCAACACUGAGCUGAUGCUCCUGCUCUUCCAGCAGGACCCAGAUGUGUCCAGGCUUACCCAGACUUAUGUCAUGAUCUUCAUUCCAGCUCUUCCUGCAUCCUUUCUUUAUACAUUACAAGUAAAGUAUUUGCUCAACCAGGGAAUCAUAUUGCCCCAGAUCAUAACUGGAGUUGCAGCCAACCUUGUCAAUGCCCUCACUAACUAUCUGUUUCUCCAUCAACUGAACCUGGGAGUGAUGGGUUCUGCACUGGCAAAUACUAUUUCUCAGUUCACCCUGGCUCUCCUCCUCUUUCUCUAUAUCCUCUGGAGAAAAUUACAUCAAGCGACAUGGGGAGGGUGGUCCUUUGAGUGUUUGCAGGACUGGGCCUCCUUUCUCCAUCUGGCCAUCCCCAGCAUGCUCAUGCUCUGCAUCGAAUGGUGGGCCUAUGAGAUCGGGAGCUUCCUGAGCGGUAUCCUCGGCAUGGUAGAGCUGGGAGCACAGUCUGUUGUGUAUGAACUGGCUGUCAUUGUGUAUAUGAUACCCACAGGCUUCAGUAUGGCUGCCAGUGUCCGGGUUGGAAAUGCACUGGGUGCUGGGAACAUCGAGCAGGCCAAGAAAUCAUCAGCCAUUGCCUUGCUGAUCACAGAACUCUUUGCUGUCAUCUUUUGCAUACUGCUAUCAAGCAGUAAGGAUCUUGUGGGGUACAUUUUCACUACUGACAGAGAAAUCAUUGCUCUGGUGGCUCAGGUGGUUCCAAUUUAUGCUGUCUCCCACCUCUUUGAAGGUCUUGCUUGCACAUGUGGAGGAAUUCUAAGGGGAAGUGGAAAUCAGAAGGUUGGAGCCAUUGUUAAUGCCAUUGGAUAUUAUGUGAUUGGCCUCCCUAUUGGGAUUUCGCUGAUGUUUGCAGCCAAACUUGGAGUGAUAGGUCUUUGGUCAGGAAUCAUCAUCUGUGCAGUUUCCCAAGCUGCGUGUUUUCUAGGCUUUAUUGCUCGGCUAAAUUGGAAGAAGGCCUGUCAACAGGCUCAAGUACAUGCCAAUUUGAAACUAAAAAUGGCCCCGGAUGGGAAUUCUGCUGUUUCUCAGGAUCUGCUUCAUCCAGGGAGCCCUGAAAACCAUGGAGGAAUUUUAAUGAGAGAUGUUGAAAAAAAAGAUGAGACUCAGUUGGAUCAGAAGAUGCACUCUGAAGAACCCCUCUCUGUCCAGCCAAAAGAUAGGACUAAGUUAUCCCUGAGGCAGCUGAUUCUUCGGCGAGGGCUCCUGCUCCUGGCAGUUGUUUUAGUCUUGCUGGUGGGGAUUUUAGUGAGAUUAUAUGUCAGAAUUCAAUGA